UAUAUAAAACCCCCCCUCAAAAAUAUCUUCCCCUCACGUGUACUUUUUCCGUUUGUUUUCUUUCUUCUAUUCCUUUUCUUUAUUCUCUUUGUUUUUUCCAUAACUAGCUACACGAACACAAUGCAUGAUCACAGUCUUCAAUACCCUCUUCCUUGUUUGUAUUGCCACCCUUAUAGCUAUAUUAGGAUGGUUCAAAAUCUCAUAGAGAGAUGCAUUCUCUUUCACAUGAGCCAAGACCAGUGCGUAAGGGCACUGGCAGAACAUGCAGGGAUUAAGCCACUUGUUACUGUUACAGUGUGGAAAGAGUUGCAAAAGGAGAACAAGGAGUUCUUUAGAGCAUAUUUGCAAGUUACCACUCCCAGGCCAUUAUUCAUGAAUGUUUUCAAAGGAGACCAAAUUUGGCAAGAAGGAAACACUGGAAAUGAUUAAGUGAAUAAUGGCUGAAUAAUCCUGCAAGGGAAAAGUGAGCUGGGUUACUCAGUCACCAUUUAGUUAAAGAUGGAUCAGGGAAAUAUUACUGAUGACUAAUCAUAGCCUAAGAAAUUUAUUAAUCAACCUUAUUUGGUCAGUAUCUCUCUAAGGAUUUGAGGAUGCAGAUCCUCGUUCCAAGCACAUAUAGUGGCCAAUGGUUGUAGUUCUUCAAUACUAUAGAUGCUGUUCUCGAAGCCAUUAAAGAAAUAAAUUGUACCAUACUAGUCAUUAGCUUGGUGUGUAAGGAUGCAACAUAACUGGUUGGAAUGUUUUACAAUUACUUUUUUGUAAUUUUCCAAGUUUAGUUGAGAUUUCCUUUGUGUGUGUGUGGAUGGAUCCUUAUUAAUUUCCAGCAUUUUGAUUGUAAAGGAAGCUGUCAAAGGUAUCAUUUGCAGACAUUGUAUAAAUUUGACAGCUGUAAAGUUAAUUCAAAUGAACCAAACUUAAUGAUAGAAACUUGCUUUUGCCUC